AUUGUCGCUGACCUUUCUACUGAUCUGCCCAUCUCUUCACUUACAAAGAUAAGUUUGUCCAGUAGUACUCCGCUCUUGCAUCUCUUCACUUACAAAGAUAAGUUUGUCCAGUAGUACUCCGCUCUUGUUUAAUAAAGAAGAGAGAGCAAGCACCGCUAGCUACCUUUGCUGAUUGAGUAUUCCACUUCCAAAUGGGUCGGUCGCCAUGCUGUGACAAGGUGGGCUUGAAGAAAGGGCCAUGGACGCCUGAGGAAGAUCAAAAGCUCUUAGCUUAUAUCGAAGAACAUGGCCAUGGAAGCUGGCGUGCCUUGCCGGCAAAAGCUGGGCUGCAAAGAUGUGGGAAGAGCUGCAGAUUGAGAUGGACCAAUUAUCUUAGACCUGAUAUUAAGAGAGGAAAGUUCAGUUUACAAGAAGAGCAAACUAUCAUUCAACUCCAUGCCCUCCUAGGGAACAGGUGGUCGGCUAUAGCAACUCACUUGCCAAAGCGAACGGACAAUGAGAUCAAGAACUACUGGAAUACGCAUCUUAAGAAAAGGUUAGCCAAAAUGGGGAUUGACCCUGUUACCCACAAGCCCAAGAAUGAUGCAUUACUCUCUAGCGACGGUCAAUCCAAGAAUGCAGCCAACCUUAGCCACAUGGCUCAGUGGGAGAGUGCUCGGCUCGAAGCCGAAGCAAGAUUGGUUAGAGAGUCAAAGCUUCGUUCACAUUCAUUCCAACAUCAGCUUGGCACUCCAGUAGUACCUUUGCCUCCAAGAUCUCUGGGUGUAACUAAAGUAGGCUGGAAUAAUUGUGCAUGGUCUAAAUCAACAGAGGGUAAUGGCGGUAGUACUGUUCCUGCAUCUACAAGAAUUGGAAGCCAUGACCUCGAGUCUCCUACAUCAACACUUACAUAUUCAGAGAAUGCGCCGCCGGUUAUGACGACUGCUGGAACUGGGGAGACUUCAAUGCCUCUGAUCGAGUUUGUUGGCACUACUUCAGGUUCUUCCGAGGCCGGAAUUGUCAAAGUCGAAGGGGAACAAGAUUGGAAACCCUUUGAAAACUCCACCCAUUGGUCAGAAUACAAAGAGGGCAUGGAGAACUCAUUGUCUUUUACAUCUAAUCUUCAUGACAUUUCAAUGUCCAUGGAAGGCACAUGGACUAGUACUCCAGAAUCUUUGAGGACAAAUCGUGAACAUGUUCAUUUCGGAAACGUGAUGGGAGAUGAUCAGGAUGGGUUCACUAAUCUUUUGCUUAAUAAUUCCGAUGAUCAUCAGAGUUUAUCUGAUGGAGGGGAUAAUUCUGAAAACGGUAGCGGCAGUGGCAGUGGCAGUGACUACUACGAAGAUAACAAGAAUUACUGGAACAGCAUUCUUAAUUUGGUCUAUUCUCCCCCCUCUGAUUCCCCAAUGUUCUAAAGUUUUACAAAAAGUCCGAGUCAUGAUCGCCAUAAAGUCAUGAAGUGGAACUUACCCACACACGUGCACCACCCUCCUCAAGCCAAAUCAAUAGCUCAAGCCAAACCAAGAGCUAUUGAUUUGUUUCUAAUUAAUGUUGUUUUGAAGCGGGGUCUCAUAAAGAAAUGGUAUUGCCAAAGCAGACGAUUUGGACGUUGUUUCCACAGAUUAGCAACGAAAUGCUUCAAUUGCUUCAAAAUAUAGAGAGUAUAACGUUAAAAGUUUGGGCAAUUUUUCUCUCAUGUCUAAUGUUCGCAGUUCAGCCACUUCUACUCUUUCGAGACAACUCGACCAGAAUCUACGUUUCCUUUUGUUCGUCUUUUAGCUUUGCAUUUCCUUCAGAUCUAAGCUCUCAAGGGUUGAGGAUGCUAAUUGUGGGACCUGUGAAAGUAAGGCAGGACUGAUAUUUCUAGAUAGUCUCUUAGGUGAAUGACAGUACCCAUUAUGGCCAUCUUAUCUCCUCCUCCUCCUCCUCCUCCUCCUUUUUUUUUUUUUUUUAAUGUAAAAAGUUAUGUAAGGACUUGUCCAAUAAGAGAUCACGUAUUUAUGACCGA